CACCGGAGUGAGAGAGACCGCGCCGACAUCCUGCCUCGGCCAGACACGGCCGGACGCGCCCCAUUCAGUGCGGGCUGAUGGCCAGGGUGGAUUUCGGCGGCUGCGGUCUUGGGGGAUCCAUCUGUGUUGGGAUACUGUGAGCGAGAGCUGCGCCGACCUGGCGUGGGGCGGCGGAUGCAUGUGCAUUGUGCAUCCCUAACACCUGAACCCGGCGCCCCGGACAGCGCCCUCUGUCUCUGACCGGCGAGUCAAACAGAACGCCGUGGCUAACGGCAGCCACUGUGACGACCGAGUACCAACAUGGAGUCGGCGCCCAACAUGGAGUCGGCGCCGACGACCGGCGAGCCUCAGCGCUGGACGACCGAGAGCGCCUCUGAGCUGGACACGGCGGCUCGGCGGCGGAGUCACCGGCGGCUGGCGCUGCCGCACUGGCUGCUCGCCGUCACUGACGAUAAGUGGACCGUCCAGCCGACCGUGCGCCUCCUGAGCGACACAGAAGUGGAGCCCAUGCGACGGGAGCCCUACAUCACGGGCGGCUACCUGCCGUCCGGUUCGUUCGCGCUCUGCCUGCGCGCGCUGCUCCUACCCACCAACGAGCUGUUCAACUCGUGGUCGGCUCUGCUGCCGGCGCUGGGGUACCUGUGGCAGCUGCUGCGCUCCGUACCCCCUCAGAACGGCGCCGACCCGCGGCCCUACCACCUGCUGCUCCUCUCCGUCGCGCUGUCAUCGCUGGCGUCGUUCCUGGCGCACGGCUUUUCGGCCGUCUCGCCGGCGGUGGCGCAACUGUUCUACGGUCUGGACUACGCGGGGAUCACCCUCCUCGGACUGGCCAUGACGAUGGCGGAGCACGCCUACGGCAGCGGGGGAGGCGAGGAGCGCUGGCUGGAUGGCGUGCUGCUGCCCACGGCCGCGGUGCUGGCGCUGCUGGGCUGCGCGGCCGCCUGCUGGUCGCGGCUGAGCCGGUGCCAGCACCGCGGCCAGCGGCUGCGGCUGCGCGGCCAGGCGGUGCUGUUCCUGUGGUCGGCCGCGGCCGGCAGCUGGUCACCGCUGCGCGCGGCCGCCGCCCUCUGCGCCGCCUCUGCCGUCUGCGUGUACGCCUCGCGCUGGCCGGAGCGCCGCUGGCCCGGCCGCUGGGACGUACUGGGUCACUCGCACGGCACGUUCCACGUGCUGACGCAGCUGGCGGCCGGCUGCUGUGUGGCGGCGGUGCGCGCCCAGCUGGAGGCGGCGCCGGCCGGCCAGCAGCCCGUCGAGCUGCGCUGGUGGGUCGAGGUCGGCUACGGCGCCGUGGCGUCAGCACUGGUGGCCACAGCUAUCGGCUUCACAGGCCUGUACGCGGCCGCUGAGCGGCACACCAAGCGACCAGGGACGGAUCCGCGGCCGGCCACAGCCUCCGGGCCCCAGGGCGGCGACCCAGAGGUCAGACCGCCCACCUCCGAUAUAUCGGCCGCACAAACCUGAUGGGAGCUCACCGGCGGGAUAGGUAAAGUGCACCAUUGUGCGUGUUUUUUGAUAAUUUUAUCAGGCCACCACACCGCUGAAUGGAUCGCGAAUCGCGGUCAUUGCGUUCAGCCUUGCUGUCAGCAUCUUUAAAGAUGUCAACGAGU